CACACGCCCCGCCCCCCGCGGAGCGGAGCAUCCCGGCCCUGGAGCUUCCCUGGGCCUGGAGCACCCCGCGCAGGGCUCUGCGUGGGCGACGAUGAGGGUCUGGAGCUCGGAGCAUGUGUUCGGCCACCCGUGGGACACAGUCAUCAAGGCUGCCAUGAGGAAGUACCCGAAUCCCAUGAACCCCAGUGUCGUGGGCGUCGACGUGCUGGAGCGCAGUGUGGACAGCCGGGGCCGGCUUCACAGCCACCGCCUCCUCAGCACCGAGUGGGGGCUGCCCAGCCUCGUGAGAGCGAUUUUGGGAACCAGUAGGACUUUGACAUACAUCAGAGAACAUUCUGUUGUGGAUCCAGUGGGAAAGAAAAUGGAGCUCUGUUCCACCAAUAUCACACUCACAAACUGGGUGUCGGUGAGCGAGAGGCUGGUGUACACACCCCACCCGGAGGACCCAGGAAGGACCGUGCUCACCCAAGAAGCCGUCAUCACCGUGAAGGGGAUCAGCCUCGGCAGCUAUCUGGAGAGUUUGAUGGCCAACACGAUAUCAUCCAACGCAAAGAAGGGGUGGGCUGCUAUUGAGUGGAUAAUUGAAAAUGCUGAACGCGCCCUGAGCUAACGAGGCCUGCAGCGCCCCUUGUGCUGAGCGGCGGUAACUACAGGAUUCUUGAACCUGGGGAGGAUCUGGUGCCCGCUCACCGUGUGCAUGGCCUGCGUGCUGAGAGGGGGUCUGCAAGACACAGCUGCAUGGGGGUCUCCAGCCGUGUAGUGAAGAACCUAACUGGGUUCAUCCUCCUCUGAAUGCACCAACUCGUUUUGUGGCAGGAUUUAUGUUCAGGUUUGUUAUCUCGUCUCUGAGGGCAGUUCAGCUUCUCCUUCAAGCUGUUCUCAGCACAUGGUCAUGUGUCCUGGGACUGGUGUGUCCUCAGCAGGAAGGCUCUCACGAGCAGGUCCAGACAGUGUAAAGGGCUGAUCUUAUGGGGGCAGUUUUCAUUGGGGGCAAGACUAGAAUACCUACCCACGUUCCUGUAAAGGUGCCCCAGGCCUGGGCGUCAGUGCUGUGGUGAGAAGGCAGCCCUCCUCCCCUCAUGCUGCCAGCUGUGCAUCCUCACUGGCCAGUAGCUUUUUGUGGCCGAAGCCAUCUGCAGCAUUUCCAUGAGCUUCACAAACACUCCUUGGUUUCCUAGGCCAAGUGGCUGGGGUGUCAGAGCGGAUUUGACACUUGUGUGGUCAGCAGUCGUCUCUGUACUUCUGCUUCCCUCUGUUCAGGGAAUCCUUACUCCUUACUCCUUCCUUGAACCUCCUCUCACUCUUGGCUUUCCGAGCUGUGCUGCUCUGGGCCCUGCUUCCCACCGUCGGUCGGUCAGUCGGUCAGUCUGUCUGUAGCAUGUGUGCACACUCAGCGCCUCUGUCAACAGACGUGAGCCCCGUGGCUCAGGCUCCUUUAAGAACUUCCUGCUGAUUUUGUUUAAGCCAGUGAUGCUUAAGUUUGCCAGGACCUUUACCUUGAACUCAGGAUCACGACCUUCUUCCUUGGAUGAACCACUAGGGUGACCUCAUGCAGACAGCCUGCCCACCUUGUGGGCGUCCUGCUUGUGCAUGUGCAUGUGUGUGUUUGAUGGUGUGUGUGGAGUGUGUGUGGUGUGUAUGUGAUGCUGUCACUUUGAGUUGUGGACUCUGUCACAUUCUGUUUCCUCAUAAACUAGAGCUAAACUGCCUCAAUUUUUAAUCAGAUGCCUCACCAAAAAAACCAUCAAAAAGCAGGAAAAGGAAGAGAAGAAGGAAGAAGCAAGUCUGGAGUGCGGUCCUGGCUGGGUUGGGAUAGGCGGGAGCUGCUGGGCCACAGCCUCCGCCAGCCUUGUUGGUCAUGAUCACACAGGGCAGGAGGCCCACCCAGCUGGUGGUGGCGCCCGUGGAGCGAGGCCCGGGGAGCAGACCUGCUGGGAGGAGGCCGGGCCGCCGCUCUGCCCACUCCAUGCUGAGCCACGCACCUGCUCUGCCACCCGCGUCGGGUUUGCUCAGACGGCUGUGGGGCCUUAUCUGUCCUUCCUCAGCUCCAGCUCUCCUGCCGACUCUCGGGGUCUCACUAAAGAGCUUGUCUCUUUUCAGAGGACACCCCAUUUCCCUCACUCGCCCUUGAUCUACAGUCCCACUGCCGGUCUCUUCACACACAUCUGGCCACCAGUUGUCACCUCAGAGGCAGCUGACGUGUGUCCGUGUCUUACCCCUGUCACGGAUCUGCACACGCUAGAGUCGGGGCAACACAGGGACAGUUAGAAUUGGUGGGGAUAGCCGCAUGCUCUGCCCUUGGGCUGCAACUAGACUGUCCCGCCAUCCGGGGCCCCCGGCCGGACCGCAGCCUGUACUGCUCCUCACCACGCAGGCACCCACAGCCACUGUCAGGAGGUCGCAGCAAAAGGGCUGUGAUUUCAAGCUCUCAGCUGUCCUGUUAGCAUCAAGGUACCUCCCACUGGGAGUUCUAAUUUUCUCAUUUUCAAAAGUAAAAUGUAGUAUCUCUUUUAGUGUGUUUCAAAUUAUAAAAACUUUAGAGAAGCUCUCCGUAAAGGAUGGGUAGAACUAUAUUCUACUGUGGUUUUUUUAGGUACUGCUUUUUCUUUGAUAAUAGUACUUCCAAUCCAAAAUGAAAUGAAAUUCAUUUUUAUUUUUAUGAGAAUAUUUUAUGCACAUAGCGUAAGGUGAAAUAGAGUUAAAAGUUUUAUGACAAAAACAAUCCCUCUUACCUCUUCUGCAAAGCACUCUUCUACCCUUCUGAGGGGACUGUUGACUCUUUUGAUAGUUUUGGCAUUUACUGUUAGAUUUCUAAAUAAAUAAGCAUAUUCUGCUAUUUCUUGAUUCAACAAUUUUAGACUUUAUCUGCUGACUUCCUGCCAUGGUAGAUGGUUAUUUUCUCUCUUAAAUCUUCUUCCCCUCUCCCAUUUCUCCAAUGUAGCUAUAUUGUAACUUAUUGUUAAAAGCACAUUGGUUCCAUAAUUAAAACAUACAUAACUAUGUAUAACAUAGUAACCUAACCUAACCUAACAUACAUAACCAAGUGAAAAAGUGUACUGUAAUUACAUUUUCUUUCUUUUUAAAAAAAUAUAUUUAUUUAUUUAUUUUGGCUGCGCCGGGUCUUAUUUGUGGCAUGUGGGAUCUUCACUGCGGCACGCAGGAUCUUUAGUUGUGGCAUGAGGACUUCUUAGUUGCGGCAUGUGGGAUCCAGUUCCCUGACCAGGGAUUGAACCUGGGCCCCCUGCAUCGGGAGCACGGACUCUUACCCACUGGACCACCAGGGAAGUUCCUACAUUUUCUUUCUUACGUAGCUUUUUUCUCCUUGAGGGUAGUAACUGUCUUAUCCUCUUCAUCUGUUUAAUCUUAUUUUUAGAAGUCUCUGGCUGAGUCCCCCACACUCUUCACCUCUUCACCUGCUCUCUGCAGCACCUUGUGACAUCCUUUUCCAAGGUCAGACCCUGUAGGUAGCACACCCCUUUCUCAUUUCUCUGGUGCUGUACUUCCUGGAGGCCAGUCUUGCUCUCUCUGACCAGCAGCUGUGUGGCUGUCAUCCCUCCUGGCCAUUUCCUCGGCCUGUCUCCCCUCCUGGAGCCCUUGUCUCCUGGCCUCCCUGCCUUCCUCUCUCUGUUUCUUACCACAGGAUGGGGAAGGACACGCCAUAGUAGCUUCCAAGAUUUGGCACAUCUGAAAAUGUGCCUUCUGUUCCCACUCUUUACUCAAAGCUUGGUUGGACAUACAGCUGUAGAUAAAAAUACUUUCAGAAUUUGGAAGGCACUGCUCCAUCGUUUUCCACUCCAAUUCCUGAGCCUCUGUAUGUGGCUUUUUUUUUCUCUCUGAAAGCUUUCAGGAUUUCUUUGUCUCUGAUGUGAAAUUUCAUACAGCUAAGCCUUGCUUGAAGUGAUCUUUUUUAAAGCUCUCUGUGCUGCACUAUGUGUGUUAAAUUCCUGGUUUUUAUGCUGCACUACAAUUAUGUAAAACGUUACUGAGGGACGUUGGCUGUUCCUGUACUACCUUUGCAGCUUCCAGUAAGUCUACAUUAAUUUCAAAAUUAAAGGUUAAAAAAAUACAUAAAUAGUGACUUCAUGGAAAAUGGUAGAGGUGGGUGCUCCCACUUCUGAAACAAAUCAAUGAACAGUCCUCCCAUUGAAACAGUCAAUAAACUGGCAAGAAAAAAUAUGACAGAAUCAACUUUUGUAGAACUCUGGAUUCUAGUCAAAUACCUAAACCAACAAGUGGGGCGCAGAAUGAAUCUUGAUUAACCCACCCUGCAGAUUUUGGACUUCGCAGCCUCCAAAAGUAGAGCAGCCAAUUCCUUAAAAUAAAUCCCUGUGUGUAUAUGUGUGUGUGUGUGUGUGUAUACACACACACACACACACACACACACACAUUCUAUUGGUUCUGUUUCUCUGGAGAACCCUGACUAAUACACUAUUGAAGCUAAAACUGGUAUCAAUUCAAACUAGAUUUUUAUGAAUUUAAGAUGAAAUUAUAAUUACCAGAAUACACAGUAAGAAAAUAACGAAAAACUAUAUAAAAAAUAAAACAAAGGGGGAAUCAAAAUGUUAUACUAGAAGAAAAUCAAACAUAAUAGGAAGCAGUGAAGAAAGAAUUCAGGAACAAAAGUUGUGAAAUUUAUAGAAAACAAAUAGCAAAAUGUAAGAAGUUAGUACAUCUUUAACAUUUACUUUAAAGGUAACUGGAUUAAGUUUACCAAUUAAAAGACAGAGAUUGGCAGAAUGGAUGAAAAAACAUGAUCCUACUAUAUAUCCUGCCUAUAAAAGACUCACUUUAAAGCCAAAGAGAUAAAUAGGUUAAAUGUGAAAGGAUGGAAAAAGAUAUUCCAUGAAAAUGGUAACUAAAAGAGAGCUGAGCUGGGUGGCCACACUAAUAUCAGAAAAAAUGGACUUUAAGGCAAAAAUUGUUACAAAAGGCAAAGAAAGAUAUAUAUAUACCACACUACAGAACCCCCAAAUAUAUGCAGCAAACAUUAGCAGAAGAGAGAAAUAGACAGUUCUAUGAUAGAGACUUCAAUAGUCCACUUUCAAUAAUGGAUAGAAUGUCCAUUAUUGGAUAGACAGAAGAUCAGUAAAUAAAUGGAGGAUUUGAAGUACACUGUAAACCAACUUGACCUAACAUAUAGAACACUUCACUCAAUAACAGCAGAAUACACAUUCUUCUCAAGAGCACAUGGAAUAUUCUCCAGGAUAGACCAUAUGUUAGGCCAAAAACCAAGUGUCAGUAAAUUUAAGAAGACUGAAAUCAUAGAAAGUAUCUUUUGUGAUCAUAAUGAAGUUAGAAAUGAAGUUAGAAAUCAAUAGCUUAAGGAAAACUGGAAAAUUCACAAAUGUGGAAUUUAAAAAAUGUACAUCUAACAACAAGUGAGUCAAAGAAGAAAUUAUAAGUGAAAUCAUAAAAUGGGAUGAAUGAAAAUGAAAACAACAUAUUAAAACUUAUGCAGUGAGAGCAGUGCUCAGAUGGAAAUUCAUAGUUACAAACACAUACGUUAAAAAAGAGGAAAGCUGUCAAAUCAUUAACCUGACUUUAAGGACAUAGAAAGUGAAGAAGAAGCUAAAUCCAUGGCUUGCAGAAGGAAAGAAAUGAUAAAGAUUAGAGAGGAGAUGAAAUAGAAACUAGGAAAAUAUAGAAUUAUUGAAACCAAAAGUUGUUUUGAGAAGAUUAACAAAAUUGACAAACCUUUAGUUAGACUGACCAAGAACAAAAGAGGAUUCAAAAUAAAAAAAUCAGAAUUGAAAGUGGGGGCAUUACUACAGACCUUACAGAAGUAAAAGGAUAUAAGAAAAUACAGGCAUACCUCAUUUUAUUGCAUUUCACUUUACUGCACUUUGCAGAUACUGCAUUUUAUUUUUACAAAUUGAAGGUUUAUGGCACCUCUGCCUCAAGCAAGUCUGUUGGCACCAUUUUUCCAAUAGCAUUUGCUCACAUCAUGUCUCUGUGUCAUGGUUUGGUAAUUCUUGAAAUAUUUCAAACUUUUUCAUUAUAUUUGUUACGGGGAUCUGUUAUCAGUGAUCUUUGAUGUCACUACUACAACAUGCUGAAGGCUCAGAUAAUUAGCAUUUUUUAGCAAUAAAGUAUUUUUAAAUUAAAGUAUGUAUAUAUAUUUUUAGAUAUAAUGGUAUUGCAUACUUAAUAUACUACAGUAUAGUAUAAAAUUAACUUUAUAUACACUGGGAAACCAAAAAUUUCUUGUGACUCGCUUUAUUGUGAUAUUCGCUUUAUUUUCAUGGUCUAGAAUUGAACCUGCCAUAUCUCCAAGUUAUGCCUGUACUAUGAACGAUUAUACCAGAACAAAUGAGAUAACCUAAGUGAGAUGGACAAAUUUCUAGAAACACACAACUUACCAAAACUGAUUCAGGAAGAAACAGAAAAUCUCAACAGGCCUGUAACACGUAGAGAUUGAAUCAGUAAUUAAAAGCCUCCCAACAAAGAAAAGUCCAAACAUUAAAGAAGAAUUAACAAUCCUUCACAAACUUUUCCAAAAAAACAGAGGAGGGAAUACAUCCUAACAUUCUGAGAGACCGGUAUUAGCCUGAUACUAAAAUUAGGCAAAGACACCCCCAGAAAAUAAAACUACAUACUGAUAUCCUUUAAGAAUAUUGAUGCAAAAAUCCUUAACAAAAUACUUGUAAGCUGAGUAGGAAACAGAGAAUAGGAAAAUAAUAGAAUUAUUAAACCAGAGUUGUUUUGUUGAAAAGAUUAACAAAAUUGACAAACCUUCCAACUUUUCCACUAGUUUUUGUCUUGGCAAACUGUAUUCUAGAUUUCUAAAUCUUUCCUGUUCAUUAUGGCAUCCUGUCCUUGCUUCCCUCCUGUCUAUAGAGAUGAGUGUGAAGGGAGCUUUCCUCUGUGUCUGUCUGCGUUGGGGGCUUUACUCUGACACAGUCAGCGCGAAGCAUUGCCCUCUACACUGGGUGACUCUUUUUUGCAGUGAACCUCUUGUUCCAUGACCUCUAGGUAACUCUGUAUAAUCUCAUAGAGGUAAUGGUCUAAACUUGUCAUGUAGGGAGUUCUGUUCUAGAGGGAGAUAUGAAUAUUUGUCAUUUUGGAAACCAUGGUUUUAAAAAAUAUAUGUAUAUACAUACAUUUUUAUUGCAGUAUAGUUGAUUUACAGUAUUUUAUAUAAGUUUCAGGUGUACUACAUAGUGAUUCACAAUUUUUAAUGGUUAUAUUCCAUUUAUAGUUAUUAUAAAAUAUUGAGUAUAUUCCCUAUGCUGUACCAUAUAUCCUUAUUGCUUCUCUAUUUUAUACGUAGUAGAUUGUUCCUCUUAAUCCCCCACCCCUAUCGCGCCCCUUCCCUCUCCCCACUGGUAACCUCUAGUUUUCUGUAUCUGUGAGUCUGUGCAAACCACAUUUUUGAAGUGGAGAUAAAAGUGCCAGAAAGGGUGGAUUCUUGUGAGUCUUCUACAAUGGCUAUGGUGUGCAGAAAUUCCCUGCCUAGUUUUGGAGGAAGAUUGCAUUUUUAGGGCAAGGACAGUUGUAAAUGUCAGUUAUUUGGACUCUUUAAUUUUCUGGUAGACUGAAGUUGGGUAAAAAUAAGCACAUGCAUGUGCUGGGUUUUUAUUCUCCUAUGUUUUCCAUUAUCAAUACAUUUUUUUCUUGGGGGGUGUUAGUCAUUAAGAAAGCAGUAGUGAUUAUCUUCAAAAUUUGUUUAGUGCAAAAGUGUUUGGUUUUGUAACUUUCAGUUUGGUCUGGAAGUGGAUUCAAUAUUUAUUUGUAUUUGGAAUUCACCAUUAGUACAGUAGCAAAUGUUGUCUGACAGAAUACACGAAGCUGUGUGGAUGGCCGUGUGAAACUUAACCUUGAUUUCUAAUUUGAGAAAUACUCUCUGCUAGUGUUUCUUAAUGAGUAUCUGUCAACACUGCUGUUGCACUGACCUUCAGAAGGUACCCCCAGCACCCAGGGGCAGCCCCUCUCCUGAGAUGACCUAGGCAGGAGGCUGGAGAAGGUGAGUGCAGUGGGACCUGACCGAGGCCUUCUUCCCCGGGAGGAUCCUCACUGCUAUUCUCUCAGCCGGGUCACAAGGCCUUGGAGUGGGUUAUCGGCUGCGUGAACUCAGAGCUGGAGGGGCUGGCAGCCCCCGCCUGCGCCAGGGCUUGAAGCACCACUGGCACCUGGCCUUGUGGUUCCCUGCACCCAGGACAGGAGACACAGAGUCCGGGCAGCAAGUUGACAGCCGGGGCUGUACACACACGCUCUACAUGUGUGUCUGAGGGAACAUUCGUGGUUACUGCAUGCGUGCCUGGGGACACUGAGGAGAAGGACUCUGGAAAGGGGCUGAAUUUGCUACAUUCGGGCCUGUCGUUCACCUUUACCUUUCUUUUUUUGGUGGAAAGAUUUUUUGUUUAAGAAGUUAAACUUUUGAUAUCCCUUUCCUAGAAACCAAAGUAUCAGGGUGAAAAAGGAAUGGCUUUCUCACACUCUGUAACCUCCCACAUUCAAAUGGAAAGUUCUUGUGGGUGCUGAUCCGCAGGUUUGCUGGGUGGAUAUUUGCCUCGGAUUCUCAGGAAGGAUGACCUGUCAGAGGGCGGGAGCAGGUUUUAAACGUGAGAGCCUGAGGUUGGCCUUGGAGCUUGUUAACAUGACACAUUCCAGGCCGUCAGCCCCGGGGCUCCUGCCAGGUCCAGCUGUGACUGCUCAGACCAGGCCUGGCACUCCGUGCCCCAGGAGCCCUGUGCUCCGUCAGGGGCUGGGCGUGGCCUCUGCCCAACCUCCGCCGACCUGCCCGCACUCAAGUCUCGUGUUCUACAAACAUCACUUAAUUUGUCAGACUUCAUUAUCUCCCACUGACCACAGACCUUAGAUUUAAUUACGGACAUGUGUUUUUAAUUAUAUAUAUACAGUAACAUAAAGAAAGCAUCCUUAUUUCAUUUUAGUUUCUGAACAUGAAAUGGGAUACAUUUUUAUGUUUAACCAAACCAACCAGUUUAGUGUUUUAGAGAAAUGUGUAUCAGGAGGAGGUAUUUAUUUUGACAAUGUAUUACUUGUGUAAGGUUUAUUUUUUUGCCAAAAGCAUAGAAAGAAAUCCAGAAUUCUGCUGCCUUUCCUCAGUUUCCUGUGUUACAUCCCUGUUAUUGUGGCCCCGAAGUCUGGUAGGAAUAAAGUUGAAAUGCACUAGUUACUGUGUCAAAUAUGCAGAUAAACCAGAAGUUACUGGGCUGAUGUUCAAGAGAAACCGAGAGUAUUUUCCGGAAGCUGGGCCCCAGGCCAUCCUGUGGUCUGUGUAGGCGCCAGCCUCCUGGUCGGGUGGCCCUGCCUCGCUGUUACUGUAGAAGCAGUGCCAGGGGCUCUGGGAUCAGAGGCUUCUCUUCUUGUAGGAAAAGCAAUGGUGCUGAAUAUCCUUUGAAGAGUCUUCUGCCCAUUUGGCAUUAGAACCAACCGUUGCAAGUGUCUCUGAUUUGAGCCAGUGCCUCUUGGCUUUGUAAGAGUGGGUAACUGCGCCAGCAUUUCUGUCCUCAUGUUAAGUAACGGGGUGCUUUGAUGUAGGAGUUACCUGCCGGGUGUCUGUUACAAGUUCCAUUUUCUUCCAGAGUAGUCUUCCCUAGCGGACCUCCACUUACGGCUAGGCCUUAGUGAAUGCCCAUAUAUUAAGAACAGAUUUUCACAGGUUCUGUUACAACUUCAGUAUCCAAAGGAGAGGCAGGGUUGUUCUGGUGACUCUGGCGGCUAGGGAGAGAGCACUUUGCCAGCCCACUGUGGGGCUAAAGGCGUGCGGGAGUGAACCGGGCAGACCACGUGACCUCUGAGCUUUGUUCCUGUCUGUAAAGUGUGGACACUGGGACCUACCUCAAAGUAUCCAACCAGAAAGUGAGGUGAAGGCCUCAUGGCUCCCGGUCCACAGCGCUGUUUCUGCCUGUGCUGGCCUGUCACUGGGCUGCAGAGUCCCUUGAGGGGACCACUGGUGGGGCUGGAAUUGGGAACACUGGGCUUCACUGAUGGAACAUACUUUUUUUUUUAACAAUGGUAUGUUUUGUUUUUUAAAAAAACUUUUAUAAUCACUAGUAAGAGUUAACUAUCAACAGUGAAAGAGGCAGGCAGUAAGAAAUGAAUGGACACUGACUCAGUAGUGAAUUGGAUUUCUGGCCUUGACUUCUCAUCACGUUCUAUGCUUGUGUUUUCAGCUGUUAUAGGACAGUUUGCUUAGGGCAGGAGUUGGCAAACCACAGCCCAUGAGGUGGGAAUGGUUUUUGUAUCUUUAAGGGUUGUAAAUAAACCCCUCCACUCAGGAGCGUACGUAACAGAGACCUAAGAGGCCCACGAAGGCUGAAAUAUUUACCGUCUGGCCUUUUACAGAAAAAGUUUCUGUAAAGCCAACCCCUUUCUUAGAAAUUCCACUGUAUCUUUCAAUCAACAUAAAUAAAACUAAAUUUGGUCUCUUCCACCAAACUGCUUUCCUCUCCCUGCUUUCUAAUCAGUGCUCCUUCCAUUUCCCAAGUACAAAACCUGAGGAAUUUGAGACGAUGGACAUUUAGGUUGCAUCCAUGUCUAGGCCAUUGUAAAUAGUGCUGCAGUGAACAUUGGGGUGCAUGUAUCUUUUCGAAUUAUGACUUUCUCUGGAUAUAUGCCCAGGAGUGGGAUCGUUGGAUCAUAUGGUAACUCUGUUUUUAGUUUAAGGAAGCUCCAUACUGUUCUCCAUAUUGGUUGUAACAACUCACAUUCCCCACAACAGUGUACAAGGGUUCCCUUUCUCCACACCCUCUCUAGCAUUUACUGUUUGUAGACUUUUUGAUGAUGGCCAUUCUGACAAAAGUGAUACCUCAUUGUAGUUUUGAUUUGCAUUCCUCUAAUAAUUAGUGAUGUUGAUGUCUUUUUAUGUGUUUUUUGGCCAUUUCUUUGUCUUCUUUGGAGAAAUGUCUAUUUAGAUCUUCUGCCCACUUGUGAUCGGGUUGUUUGGUUUCUUUUUUUUUUUUUUUUUUGAUAUAGAGCUGCAUGAGCUGUUUGUAUAUUUUGGAGAUUAAUACUUUGUUGGUCACUUUGUUGGCAAAUGGGGUUGGCAACACCAUUCUGUGGGUUGUCUUUUCAUUUUGUUUAUGCUGUGCAAAAGCUUUCAAGUUUAAUUAGGUCCCAUUUGUUUAUUUUUGUUUUUAUUUUCAUUACUUCUACAAGGUGGAUCAAAGAAGACAUUGCUGCAAUUUAUGUCAAAGAGUGUUCUGCCUAUGUUUUCCUCUAGGAGUUUUAUAAUGUCCAGACUUACAUUUAGGUCUUUGAUCCAUUCUGAGUUUAUUUUUGUGUAUGGUGUUAGAGAGUGUUCUAAUUUCAUUCUUUUACAUGUAGCUGUUCAGUUUUCCCAGCACCAUUUAUUGAAGAGACUGUCUUUUCUCCACUGUAUGUUCUUGCCUCCUCUGUCAUAGAUAAAUUGACCAUAGGUGCAUAGGUUUAUUUUUGGGCUUUCUAUCCUGUUCCAUUGAUCUAUCUUUCUGUUUUUGCACCAGUACCAUACUGUUUUGAUGACUGUAGCUUUGUAGUAUAGUCUGAAGUCAGGGAGCCUGAUUCCUCCAGCUCCAUUUUUCUUUCUCAGGAUUGCUUUGGCUAUUCGGGGUCUUUUGUGUUUCCAUACAAAUUUAAAAAUUUUUUGUUCUAGUUCUGCGAAAAAUGCCUUUGGUAAUUUUUUUUCUGGCUGUGCCCGACGGCAUGUGGGAUCUUAGUUCCCUGACAAGGGAUAAAAUCUGUGCCCCCUGCAUUGGAAGUGUGGAGACUUAACCACUGGACUACCAGGGAAGUCCGCCAUUGGUAAUUUGAUAGGGAUUGCUCUGAAUCUGUAGAUUGCUUUGGGUAGUAUAGUCAUUUUGACAAUAUUGAUUCUUCCAAUCAAGAACAUGGUAUAUCUUUCCAUCUAUUUGUGUGAUCUUCAAUUUCUUUCAUCAGCAUCUUAUAGUUUUCAGAGUAAAGGUCUUUUGUCUUCUCAGGUAUGUUUACUCCUACAUAUAUAUAUAUAUAUAUAUAUAUAUAUAUAUAUAUUUUUUAAGAUCUAUUAUUUAUUUAUUUUUAUUUUUGGCUGCAUUGGGUCUUCGUUGUGGCAUGCGGGAUCUUUCAUCGUGGCACGCGGGCUCUUCAUUGUGGUGCACGGGGUUCUCUCUAGUUGUGGCAUGUGGGUUUUCUCUUCUCUAGUUGUGGUGCGCAGGCUCCAGAACGUGUGGGCUCUGUAGUUUGCGGCAUGCAGGCUCUAGUUGAGGUGCGCAAGCUCAGUUGUUGUGGCAUGUGGGCUUAGUUGCCCUGCGGCAUGUGGGAUCCAAUUUUCCUGACCAGGGAUGGAACCCAAGUCCCCUGCACUGUAAGGCGGAUUCUUUACCACUGGACCACCAGGGAAGUCCCUAUUGCUAUUUUAUUCUUUUUGACGUGAUGGUAAAUGGGAUUGUUUCCUUAAUUUCUCUUUCUGAUCUUUUGCUGUUAGUAUGUAGGAAUGCAAGAGAUUUCUGUGUAUUAAUUUUGUAUCCUGCAACUUUACUGAAUUCACUGAUGAGCUCUAGUAGUUUUCUGGUAGCAUCUUUAGGAUUUUCUAUGUAUAGUAUCAUGUCAUCUGCAAACAGUGACAGUUUUACUUCUUUUCCCGUUUGGAUCCCUUUUAUUUCUUUUUCUUCUCUGACUGCCAUGGCUAGGACUUCCACUAGUAUAUUGAAUAAAAGUCACGACAGUGGACAGCCUUGUCUUAUUCCUGAUCUUGGAGGGAAUGCUUUCAGCUUUUCACUGUUGAGAAUGAUGUUAGCUCUGGGUUUGUUGUAAAUGGCAUUUAUUAUGUUGAGGUAAGUUCCCUCUAUGCCCACUCUCACUGGAAUCAAAACCAAGGUCUAGGCAUUGGCCCAGAUGAUUCUGAUUCAGGUGUCAUCAGACCACACUUUGGGGCAUAUUGGGUCCCCUCCCUCCUCUGAACCCACCUUGAAAUCUACUUCCAUGAAGGUGUUCUUGACUGACACCAGCUCACAGCUUACUACAAAUACCUAGACAUUUAUAUUGCUUUGGAUUUUUUCGAACUAUUUACACAUGUAUUUGACCAGGAGCCAAGAUGAGAUGUUUACUUUGCACGCACAGCCCUGGGCAUUCACUGGGUGCUUGGUGACAUGAGGACUGGAUUCAGAAUCAUAGCCCUUGGUGGGAAAAGCAGGUGGAAACACAGCAGGGUCGUGAGCACAGCAUCGGAAGUGGUGACCUCAGGUGUGAUGAUGCUGGGCUAGUGGUUUGACCUUGGGCAAAUGACCACCUUGCUAUUCCUGUUUUUCAGAUGUAAAAGAGGGUAUGCAUAGCACCUGCUUACAGUUGAGUAUCAGAGUUGUGGCUGAGGGUGCUUUGCACAGUACCUGAUAUAGAAAAGUGCUUGAAACCAAGCAAGACCCUGCAGGACCUUUGUGGUGACAGACCCCACCCUCCCAUGUCCCCUGCCUCUUGUUUGUAGAAAAGCUUUAGCCUCCUAGGCCUUCCCCAAUUUCCAAAGAGCAAAUUUAAUCAGGGAAGUGAGAAAAUGCAGAAACAAAUGAAAACAGUCAAGCAAGUCAAAGUAAUGAUAAUUUAGCCAUUAAAUGAACUCAAGGACCUUUAGUUCCUCCGCAAGGGCUAUAAGUAAUAUCCUGAACUAUAUCCUGAGUUUUUUUGCAGAUACUAAAUCCUCACCAGGUGGAGAAGUUAACUGCAUGUUGACCACAAGCACAUAGACCCCUAGAGCGGUUAGAAUCAGAAGGUUGAUGAUGUUAACUGCUGAAAUACCACCCUGUCACCUCAUCACCCACCGAAUCAGACAAAUGUCCACAGGCUGAUAUGGCACCCAUGACCCUCUCCCUCACCUUGCCUUUAAAAACCCUUGCCUGAAGGACAUCAGGGAGUUUGGGUCUUUUGGUCACAAGCUACCCAUUCUCCUUGUUUAGCCCCAGGCUGGGUGCCUUGCAAUAAAUGCUGUACUUUCCUUCACCACAACCCAGUGUCAGUAGGUUGGCUUUGCUGCAUGUUGGGCGAGCAAACCCAAGUUUGGCUGGAAAACAAUUUUGGUGACCCAGGUGGGCCUUCCAUCCCAAGUGGGCAUCUUGCCAAUGGCACACUGGCCCCUGGCCAUUGGCAGUUCAUGGAUCCUGUCCAGCAGCUGCCUGAGCACUUUUUUCUAAGGCGCAGUCCCAAGUGCUUGCACUGACUGGACAUUCCUGGCCCAUGGCAGUUUUGAUUCCAUGGUGAUGGAAACAAGGCUCUGGUCCUGAUCUGGUUUGGUCUGUGAGACCUCUCUGGUAAGUGGCAGAACUUCCUAUGUGACUACACCAUGGUGUUCUUCCCUACUGGGUUGCCUUGCUUGGAAUUUUCCUUUUGGCGGGGGCUGUGUGGAGGGGAGACGUAAAACUUGGUCAUCUGGUUUUAAGUGGAGUGCCACUUUAAUUGGAUUUCCCCUUCUGGGUCGAGGAGUCCCUCAGCCAUCCAGCACUGCCUGAGUGGUAAUUGGAAAACUCCCUGUUAGACCAAGGCUGAUCUGCACCCCUGUCUGGAAUUCCAGAUAAGAAACUUUCCAUUCUCAUGCUAGGGAACUACAACCCUGAAAGGCCACCAGCCAACACUCUGCCGGGUUCUGAUGUGUUUCUGGAAAUAUCCACAAAAUGAGAAAAAAGGGGGGGGGAGGAAUCGGAGCUCUAUUCCAUCUCAUAGUCCCCUGGGAUGUAAUUUGCAAAACUGGGAGAGCUUUAGUUAUGCUCCUACAAAGAGAUAGAAAGAAAAUGAUUUUUCCAACACUGUGUGGCCACAAUAUUCUUUAGACUUGAGAAAAAUUCCAAAACUGGUUCUUUUUUUACUCAGAGAAAACUGGCUUGAUAAAAUAUUUUUUCAAAAUUCUGACCCUGAGAGAACAAAAGUAUUCCUAGGAGAAAGCUUUAAGUUAUAACUCUUAUCAUGUCCUUGGAAUGCAAACACAGUCCACAAUGCCUGAGACUACAGCCUUGGGUUAAUCAGUAGAACCUGAAACUGAAAGGAAAAAAGGGAAAAGAGGCUUAAAAUUCAAGUGAGUAAACUUACUCCAACUGUUAUUUAUAAACUAAUGAGUUUUAUAAUGUCUGAUUCAUGACUAAGUUUUAAAAUAAAGCUAUGAGAUCUCUGAUUCUGUCUUCAUGUAAAAAUGAAUCUAUGAAUGAGCUCUAUUUAAUUUGCUUAAAGGAAAUUAAGUGCUUAUAUAAAUUCUCAGAAAUACAACAGAAACUCUCAUGUGAUCUGGGGAAUAUUCAAUAUUAAAUUAAUAUCUGGCAUUAAAGUUACAGUUUGUUGGUUUAAUUAAUACAGAAAUGUCUUUAGAGUCAUCAAUAUUAAAUAUAAUACUUUUAUCAUACCUAGAUUUAAUAGAAGCCAAAUAAGUUCAUAUUAUAUCUGCUGUAAAAUUUGUCAGCAAAAAAAUUAACUUGGUAUGAUGAUAUUUUCAUAAGCUCUGAAAUAGAGAUAAAUGGGAUAGAAGCUUUUAGGUGAACUCUUUAGGAAUAAUUACGCUUUCAUUUCUCCAGAGGUUGGUAACUUGAAAUUUUAGAAUUUUACUAAAUUAAGGUAAAUUAUGAGAAUUCAUUGAAUGUCUAGAUCAUUUUUAAUUAAGAUAAAAUACUGGAAUAUUGAUUGCUAGGCAAGUCUAAGUUUGCCUAUUUUCUUAUGAGAGAAAAGCUAAAAACAUAUGUUUAUUAGACAAACGUCUUGGACCAUGUUAAAAGAAAGAAAUUAUGCUAUGAGAAAAUGUAUGUUUUUAAAGGUUAUGGAAUGUUUUCAUUAAAUGUGCCAGUGAGGAAAUGCUGAUGUAAGAAACAGUUCACAAUUGCUUGCUUCUUGGUUUUUGCUAGAGAAUAAGGUUUUUAAAACUUAAAAAUUACAAUAUAUAUGCAAUUAAACUACUAAAGAUAGUAAGGGAAGCUUUAACAAUAUGUAAAGAAAGUAGUAUAUAUGUUGUCAAUGAGAGAAGGUAUAAAGAAUGGAAAUAUUUUGUUAAGUGAAAAAAAGAGUAAUUUUAUCCUAGAGCUGGUUGUUUCUGGAUGAGAAAGAAAAUAAGGGACAAACUAAUAUGGAUACAGAAAGUGAUAGAAUGUUUGUGGAAAAGGAACCUUAAGGAAAGAGCUUUGUUCAUGGUCAACAUUGGCUAAGAUUAGAUUCAAUUUAAUUAAGUAAAUAAAUUUUGUUACUAAAAGUAGGCUGGUACAAACUGGAGUUUGAUUUUCUCUGUUAAGAGAAUAAAGUAUUCCUGCAAUAUUGAGCUGCUUUUGAUGACAUAUUGUAAGCUUCAUAGGUUUUUCUUUCUCUGGCUAACUUUGGGAUGUUUCAAAGGGCCCGUAAAGCAUCUCAGUGAGAAAUAUUAAACUAAUUAGAAUUAUUUGGUAUAUUAAAUUACAUGAGAAGCAUUCGCAAAUGAGUGGUGAUGAACAUUCUUAGGUUAUACUGUAUGGAUAAAUGUCAUUAGUGUAAGUGUUCUAGAAAUUAUAUGAAGUUCCUAAAAUUUGAAUAUGUCCUGAUAUUCUGUUAUCAGUCAAUUUUAGCUAUUAUCUUAAAAUGCUGUAUAUCAACUUGGUUAAGUUUGUCCAAUUGCAUUUUUUUUAAAUUUAUUUAUUUUAUUUAUUUUUGGCUGGGUUGGGUGUUUGUUGCUACACGCAGGCUUUCUCUAGUUGUGGAGAGCAGGGGCUACUCUUCGUUGCGGUGUGUGGGCUUCUCAUUGCUGUGGCUUCUCUUGUUGUGGAACACAGGCCCCAGGCACGCAGGCUUCAGUAGUUGCAGCAUGUGGUCUCAGUAGUUGUGGCUCACGGGCUCCAGAGCACAGGCUCAGCAGUUGUGGCACACAGGCUUAGCUGUUCCGUGGCAUGUGGGAUCUUCCCAGACCAGGGCUCGAACCCGGGUCCCCUGCAUUGGCAGGCAGAUUCUCAACCACUGCGCCACCAGGGAAGCCCUCCAAUUGCAUUUUAAUCAGAUCUUUCCCUGUGCCUUUUUAAGUCUUUUUUCAUCCAUGGAGAGUUAUUGUUUCACUCUGAUGCUUUUGCAAAAAUGCUUCAUCUUCAAGACGAUUCAUAGAAAGCACUUUUGGACAAGUACAGGUUUCUGAUAACUUUUAGAUCAUAUAGCUGAACUCGGUAAGAAAUUAAAGAAUUAUAAUAGAAACCCAAAUGACCUCAUAAAACUGUUUACCAAAUGUUUGUCUCCCUAUCAAAAUGGAAAGAAAAUUCUCUAGUAAAGUUGUCACAGAGUAUAACUAAUCAUGACAUGUAUCACUACUUGUUUUAAGUCUGUUGUUAGAAGCACAUGUACAAUGUUUAUGAGACAAUUCAGUAUAAUUGAUAAAAUGUAUAGCCUAUAAAAUGCUUCCCCAUUAAUCUAGCUCUGAGCUUGUUUACUGUCAGUUUUCCCCCAAUGUGGACAACUAGGCAAAUGUGUGUACACACAAAAGUAGGCCUUGCACUGAAGGACAGGAUAACCAGGGUAGGCAACUACCACCCUGGGCAUCGCAGGGCAGGCAACUACCACCCUGGCAUCGAGGGAAAAAUAUUUUGAUCAUCAAUGCUUUCUAUAGAUUUGCAAUCAAAAGGGGAAAAUGAUGGAGGAAAUUCUCACAUAUUGAGGUAGGGGGAUGUCAUUCUGGCGUACACAUGAUUUAACUUGAACUUUAGGCUAAUCAAAACAGUCUGUUUAUGGCCUAUUAAACAUAAAUCAUACAUCGCUUUAACCAUUAAAUGAAAUAAUGCAUUUAAAAAAAUAGAAUAACCAUGGUUCAGGCAUCCAAAUGGAGCUGGGUGUCUGUUGUGGACGUGGUUUCAGAUGUGUUCCUGUAUUAUCCCUUAAAUUUUCUGAAUUGUAUCAGAAUCAAGGAUACCACCAGCUGUUCUCAAAACAUUAUCUGCUAGCAGCUUCCACCUUAUGGUCAUAAGGUCUCCUCUUGUAACUGUGAAACCUUUCUCUUACUUGAGGAAUAGUAAUGGCAAAUGAGACAAUUCAAGACGUAGCCUCCCAGCAGAAGGCACUACAUUCUUUAACAAGAAUAAUACGAGAAAAUAAAAUAGCUUUAAAUUUUGUUUUAGCAAAAAAGGAGAUAUAUGUGUAAUGGCCAGUAGCUCCUGCUAUGUAUAUAUUAACACCCCGGAAAAAGUGAAACCCAAAUAAAUAGAAUCAUUCUGAAGGUUACUUGGUUACAGAAUGUAUGUAAAGAGGAAUGACCCACUUCAAAACUUAUGUUUUCUGAUUGCUAUCUGGAAUAGGAAGACUCUUUCAGGGACUACUACCAGGGUGUGCAUUUUGGUCAUUAUCAUCACUGUAAUAUGAGUACUAAUUUUCAAAUAUUUGUUCAGGUGCUAUGACAAAGGAAUCAGGGACUUCCCUGGUGGUCCAGUGGUUAAGACUCCCAUGUUUCCACUGCAGGGGGGUACAGGUUCAAUCCCUGGUCGGGGAAUUAAGAUCCUGCGUGCUAUGCUGUGUGGUGAAAAAAAAAAAGACAAAGCAAUCAGAGAGGUAAUAUUUUUCAUAAUACAAAAUAUUGAUGCUAAGCUUGAGACUUGAGAAUUCUUUAAAAUUAAAGUCAAUGAAAGAUUUGACAGCCAAUAUAGUGGAGUAGAAAGACCCUGAGCUCACCUCCUCUGACGAGCACGCCAAAAUCACAACUAUCUGGAGAACAACCAUUGACGAAAAAGACUGGAACCUACCAGAAAAGGUCUUCUAAAACAACCCCAACAAGCCAGGAGAGGCAUACACAUGAUAUAAUCAAAAUUCCACACCCCUCCCUUGGGUGGGCAACACACACCUGGAAAAUAAUUAUAUUGCAGAGGUUCUCCUACAGCAAUGAGAGUUCUGAGCCCCACGUCAGGCUCCCCAGUCUGGAGGUCCAGCACCAGCAAGAUGAGCCCCCAGAGCAUUUGGCUUUGAAGGCCAGCAGGGCUUAACUGGAGGAGACCCACAGGACUGGGGAAAUAAGAGACUUCACUCUUAAAGGGUGCACACAAAACCUCAUGCAUACUGGGACCCAGGGUGAAAGCAGUAAUUUGAUAGGAGCCUGGGCCAGACCUACCUGCAAGUCUUGAAGAGUCUCCUGGAAAGGUGGGGGGUGGCUGCAGCUCACCCUGGAGACAGACACUGGGGGCAGACAUAGUGGGGAACUUUCAGCUGUGUGAACACUACUGAGGCUGGUGGCUGACAUCUUGGAUCAUUAGUGCCAAGACCUGGCCCCACCAAACAGCCUGCAGGUGCCAGUGCUGGGACACCUACCAAAGGCCACUUCUCCAAGGUCAAGAAAUGUAACCAACCUACCACAUACAUAAAAAUACAAAUAGCAACUUAGACAAAAUGAUGCGGCAGAAGAUUAUGUUCCAGACGAAGGAAAAAGAUAAAACCCCAGAAGAAGAACUAAGUGAAGUGGAGAUAGGUAAUCUACCCGAGAAAGAGUUCAGAGUAGAGAUGAUCAAAAGAACUCUGGAGGGGAAUGGAUGCACAGAGCGAGAAGUUAGAAGUUUUUCACAAAGAAUUAGAAAACAGAACAACCAGAGAUGAAGAAUACAGUAACUGAAAUGAAAAAUACACGAGAAGGAAUCAAUAGUAGACUAAAUGAUUCAGAAGAACGUAUCAAUGAGCUAGAAGACAGAGUAGCAGAAAUCACUGCCACUGAACACAAAAAAGUAAAAAUGAAAAGAAAUGGGGACAAUUUGAGACCUCUGGGACAAUAUCAAGUGCACUAGUAGGGGUCCCAGAAGGAGAAGAGAGGGAGAAAGGGCCUGAGAAAAUACAUGAAAAGAUAAUAGCUGAAAACCUCCCUAACCCGGGAAAGGAAAGAGUUACCCAAGAUCAGGAAAGAGGAACACACCAAGACACACGGUAGUCAAAAUGACAAAAUUUAUAAAAGAUAGAAUAUGAAAAGCAGCAAAUAACACACAAAGCAGCUCCCAUAAGGCUAUCAGCUGACUUUUCAGCAGAAACUCUGCAGGCCAGAAGGGACUGGCACAAUAUAUUUAAAGUGAUAAAAGGGAAAAACCUACAACCAAGAAUACUCUACCCAGCAAGGCUCUCAUUCAUAUUUGAUGGAGAAAUCAAAAAUUUUACAGACAAGCAAAAGCUAAAAGAAUUCAGCACCGCCACACCAGUUUUACAACAAAUGUUAAAGGAAGUUCUCUAGGUGAAAAAUAAAAGGCCACAGCUAGAAACAAGUAAGUUGCAGAAUGAAAAAGCUCACCAGUAAAGACAAACAUACAGUAAAGGUAGGAAAUCAUCCACACACAAAGCUAGAAGGGAGGUUAAAAGACAAAAGUAGUAAAAUUAUCCAUAUCCACAAUAAGCAGUUAAGGGAUAACAAAAACAAUUAGAUGUAAAAUAUGAUAUCAAAAACAGUAAUUGUGAGGGGAGGAGAGUACAAAUGCAGGGUAUUUAAAAUGCAUUGGAAAUUAAGAGAUCAGCAACUUAAGAUAAUCAUGUACAUAUAAAUACUGCUAUACCAAAACCUCAUGGUAACCACAAGCCAAAAAUCUGUAAUAGAUAAACACACAGAAAAAGGAAUCCAGACAUAAUACUAAAGAUAGUCAUCAAAUCACAACAGAACAAAGGAAAGAAAGAGGGAAAAAAAAGACCUACAAAAACAAAUCCAAAAUAAUUAAUGGGACUUCCCUGGUGGUCCAGUGGUUAAGACUAUGUGCUUCUACCUCAGGGGACGUGGGUUCAAUCCCUGGCCGAGGAACUAAGAUCCCACAUGCUGCACAAACAAAAACAAACAAACAAAAACAAUGGCAGUAAGAACAUAUGUACUGAUAACUACAUUGAAUGUAAAUGGACUAAAUCCUCCAACCAAGAGACACAGACUGGCUAAAUGGAUACAAAAACAAGACCCAUAUAUAUGCUACCUACAAGAGACUCACUUCAGAUCUAGAAAUUCAUACAGACUGAAAAUGAGGGGAUGGAAAAAGGUGUUCCACGCAAAUGGAAAUCAAAAGAAAGCGAGAGUAACAAUACUUACAUCAGACAAAAUAGGCUUUAAAUUGAAGACUGUUACAAGAGACAAAGAGGGAUGCUACGUAAGAAAAUAUAACAAUUGUAAACAUAUAGGCAACCAAAAUAGGAGCACCUCAAUAUAUAAGGCAAAUAUUAACAGACAUAAAAGGAGAAAGUGUCAGUAACACAGUAGUAGUGGGGGACCAUAAUACCCCACUUACAUCAACGGCCAACUCAUCCAGACAGAAAAUCAAUAAGAAAACACAGGCCUUAAAUAACACAUUAGACCAACUUGACUUGAUUGAUAUUGAUAGAGCAUUCCAUCCAAAAGCAGCAGAAUACACAUUUUUUCCAACUGCACAUGGAACAUUCUCCAGGAUAGAUCACAUGCUAGGUCACAAAACAAGCCUUGGUAUAUUUAAGAUAAUUGAAAUCACACAAGCAUCUUUUCCAACCACAACACUAUGAGACUAGAAAUGAACUACAAAAAAAAAAAAACACAAAA